CAAGCACUUCCAGCGAUAAAUUGGCAUUUGACGUAGGUCUCCAGGAACAAGCACACGGUGAGUCAUGCUGGUGGACUAUACAUCCAGCCUCCAAGCAGAGGUCAGAGGGUGAAAAAGUCAGAGUUGGAGAUGACUUGAUUUUAGUUAGUGUGGCCUCAGAGAGAUAUCUGCACAUUGGUAGCGGAGCCAGUGUGAUCGCUUCCUUCCAACAGACCCUAUGGACCGUGCAACCUGUCUGUUCAGGGGCCAUCAGGAUGAAAUCUUUAGGCUAUGUGUUUGGUGGAGAUGUGCUGAGAUUGUUCCAUGGACAUAUG